AUGGAAAUGAAUGACUUGAAGGUGUUCUCAGAACUUGCUCUGCGAUCUCUUCCAGAUUUCCUGCUGAGGCCCACUACCAUCGGACAGAUUGAGGAUGAACAAGUUAGUGUGGAGAAAUUUCCCCAGGUGUGGGAUGGGGACUUUCAGAAAACUGGAUUAUCUAACACAUUUUCUGGUGGUAUCAUCUCUUUGACAGGAGCUAAACAUGGCGAAUCAAUGGAGAUCAAACUGGAGAGCUUCCGGAAACGUCUACUGGUUAUGAUUAUUGGCAUUAUGAUUAUAGCUUUCGUGUUGACCUGCUUUUGUUUUGUCCAUUACAAUUGUCUGGCCAGUGACAAACCCAAGGCAGGAAUGAAGAAGAAAGAAGGUAUGACAGCAUCUAGAUCACCAUCUGUCACGUCACUCAGUGACCCCGAGACACCGAGUCCAUGCAGCCCAGAAAAACAGCCCCUGCUAUCUAGUACAGACAAGCUAUCUAGUGUCUCAAGUCCAAAAAGGUCACCCACACCCUCCAGUGCAGAAAGGUUAAGCAGGCCCUCGAGUCCACCAAACCAGUGUAAGCCAUCUAGUAUGCCAAAGGGAAUCAAGCCAUCAGAUCAAGGAAAGAAAAAGCCAUCAUGCUCAGACAAAAUAUUCCAGCUAUUUCACCUGGGAAAGUCCAAUAGAACAGGCCAUCUGGGGAAGCCAUACAAGCCAGCUCGUGGCCAGAAGCUAGCUGGUCAGGCAGCUUCAUCCGAUCCCAAAAAGGCAGUGAGCACACCUUGGCCAGCCGGUAUGCAGUACACAGUCAGGCGCACCCUGCCACUUUGUCCACCCCACCCACAAAAUCCCACCUCGACACCCAAGGAAUCAAGUGUGCUGACACUAGCCCAAUCCUUCAGACAUCGGGAACUGAAAGGCUCAGUUUGUGGUCGUAGGGCAGACAUGUUAUAUAGGCCUCAAUCAAUCAAGGCUUGCCUAUGCUAUAGGGAAGGAUGCCUUAUUUGUCAAAGUUCUGAGCCUUUGGUCAAUAAUAGUUUUGAGGCAAACAACAGUAAUGCUGCAAACUCAGCUCUUCCAAGUGAAGUUCAGCUUUUUGCCCCGUCCGCAGAUUACAAAGAUAGUCUGAGUGGCAGUGAUAUCAUGCCAUAUGACAGUGAUGACAGUGACAGGGAGGUCACCAUUCUUUGCAAUAUGAACUGCGACAAGACCAUCCCCAAAGGCUUCCAAGAUAAUUAAGGACUCAAUAGACACAAAACCACCUGUGAAGAAGCAAACUUCUAUCAACUAUCUUAUGCUCACUGUCUUUUAAAACACUGAUGGAAAAUCUACUUGUAACCAUUAUUGAGAUUACUCCUAUCCAUCUUGGAAGCAAUUUACUUAACAAAUAAUAAAUGCAUGAUAUAACAUGUGA